AUGAAAUUUAAUAAUAAAGAAUUUUGGUAUUAUUUGAAAUGCUUUAUUGAUAUUGCUCUAUCGGGAAUAAUUUAUAGUUAUUCAAAAGAUUCUUUUAUAGUAUCCAUCAAUACAAUCAUAAUUCAAUUGCUCGGCAUUUUAUUAUCGCCUUACAUAGCGAAGAAAUUUGGUGGCAAAAAGAGAAAAUACAUAUAAAUUGUGAUGUUAUCUGCACAAAUGGUGCAAAUAUAUUAUUGUUGCUUUUAUUUUACAGAGAUACUGAGAUAUGGUUAUCUGCUUAUUAAAUUUUAUGAGAAACAAUUAAUAGAUGUUCUAUAGAAAUAAAUUAGUUACAUCAUCCUAAUCGCUUUGAAUGCUGUGUAAUUAUUUUUGAUGAUCUCUCACAAUGAAUUAGGAGUUACAUACAUUGCAGUAGGUUAUGCAACUAUGUUGCUCUUAAAAGAAAAACAUUUAAUUAUAAGGAAAUAGGAGAAAAUUAAAUUCGAAUAAUUAUCAAAAACAGAGAUAAAACCAAUAUAAAAUUAGAUAAGAUAAUCCUUGUUAAUUAAUAGGAUUAAUGAAUCUGUUAGUCUGAAGUGGAUGAAUAAAUUGCAAAGUUUCCCUGUGGGUAUCGUAAUAGUUAAAAAGGACAAUUUAGAAAUUUUAUUUGAAAAUGAUUAAUUGCUAUAAAUUUUUUAGGCUGAAAGAGACAUUGGCAGAUUCAUCCUUGAGAGUUUGGAAUGCACAAUAAUCCAAAAGAAAAACACCUAUUUUACUAAUCAAACAAGCAUAGUGUUAGAGAAAAAUAGUCUCCUCCAGGCUUCGGGUUCCAUCAAUCUAACUUAGCACUAAAUUUAGAACAAGACCUUCACUAUUAAACAAAUUCUAAAUCUAUUAAACUUAGGGCAAUUAGAGAAGAUUAAGUCAAAUGAUGAUCAAUUAGAAUUAUCUGCUACAUUUUGUAAGGGAAAUGAAGCAUUUUUUGAAGAGAGAAAUCUAUUAUUUAAAGUUUCAUAUGCUUAAGAUGAAAGUGAAUAUUUGAUAAUAAUUCAAGAUAUUACACUUUAAACAAAUUUCAAAAAGAUGGAAACAAAAGAACAAUUCAUUGUAAAAAUGAUUGAUUCAUUUUCACAUGAAUUAAGAACACCAUUAAAUAGUGCAGAACUAUUUUUAUAAGGAUUAAGUUAAACAAAUUAAUUACCUAUUGAAUUGAAAGAACUUUUUAUUGACCCUGCUAAGAACUCAUUAAGAUUGUAAGCAUACAUAAUAAGAGACAUCAUUGACUUCACACAAUUCAAUCAGAAGAUGAUUAAAUAUCACUUUUCAGAUUUCAAUUUCGUUGACAUCAUCCAAGAAAUAAACGAUUUAUUUAAGCUUAUAUUUUAACACAAGAAAAUAGGAUUGCAUGUUAAUGCUCAAAGGUCUAUUCCAAUUAUCAUAAAGUCUGAUUUCUAUCGAAUUAUGCAAAUCUUAGUUAAUAUUAUCUCGAAUUCAGUUAAAUUUAGUUCUUAAGGCUAAGUUGAAGUGGUGAUUCAAGGGUUUGAUGACUACGUCUUAUUCAAAGUAUAGGAUUAAGGAUAGGGUAUAGAGCCUUAACUCCUAGCAAAAAUCUAAUAAACUCUCUAAGACUUUGCUUUGAAUAGAAGUAUUUCUCAAUAGCACGAGUGGUAAGGCUUAGGACUUUUAGUAAGUCAGAUGAAUUUGAUCACUUUAGCUCCUUAAAAUAAAUCACAUCUCUAAAUUGCUUCUAAAGGAUUAAAUCAAGGUGUCGAAGUUAAAUUCAGAAUAAAGACUCAAACAUAAGUGUUCUCUUAAUAAUUAGGUUAAAUUAAAACAUUCAAAAGAGGAUCUCUAGCUACACCUAAUACAGUUCCUGAUCUUAGCGAAGGCUUGUAAGGUAUUACAUAUAGAACUAUUUUAAUAGGCCUAUUAAUCAUAGCUAAUGCUGAAUAUAAAAAUACUUCAGUUAAGAACAUACCUGUCAAGGGUCUUUCAUCCGUGGCCAAUUAUUAUGGGAAACCAUAAUAGAAUUAGAAGCUGGAAAUUUAAUGUUAAUUUGAGACGGAUGUUUAAUUUUAAGAUUCUGAUAGAUUUGAAUUGUCUCAUCAACUUAUGUAUGUAUAAUCAAAUUUCAAUCCUAAAUUCAUAACGAAUAAACAGAGUCAAAAUUCAUUAGUAUCCAGAAUGCAACAAAAGAUAGAUGAUCAAAGUUAAAUCUAAUCUAAUUUCAGUAAGGUUAAGUUCAAAUUUAAAUGUUAAUGUCAAAGAGCUCUAUCUGUGGAUGACGAUUCUUUUAAUUAGAAGGCUCUCGAAUUGAUUCUGGCACAGAUGGGAUUUGAAAUACUACUUGCUUACAAUGGUUAAUAGGCAAUUGAGAUUGUCAAAAAUGCCAAGAGAUGCAAUGAGGAUUGUUAACUCUAUGUUUUCAUUUUGAUGGAUUGCCAAAUGCCAAUUUUAGAUGGCUGGCAAACAACCAAAAGAUUGAGAAAUAUGAUGAUUGGGAAGAUCAUUCCCUUUAUUCCUAUUAUUGGAUUAACUGCUUUCAAUGGAUAAUAUGAAAUAGAAAAAUGUUUUGAUAGUGGAAUGCAAAAGGUGCUGACUAAACCAUUGAAUAUUGACGAUUUCAAACAAGCGUUGAUUCGCAUUUAUAGGUAGGUUUGA